UCUGCACAGGUAACAGAGGCUAAAUGAUAGAAAAGCCUUUUGAGGGAUUUUUCAUUUCACUGCCGUACAGCGGAGCUGCUAGUGAAGAUGAGGAGCCUCAUGUUACUCUCGCUCAUUCACCUCGCAGCUGCUGACUCCACUCCCAGCAGAGUGGCGAAAUGCAGCAGAGCACAAGAAUUGAUGCCUAUGGAAUGGUACAAAGUAUAUGAGUUCACUCCUUCACCCCUACGUGAUCUCGAUCUCAAGCUUAACCUUCAGAAUGGACCUACAGCUUCUCCUUCCAUGACCAUAAGCUGGGCUAUCAAUAUUGACAGUAGCAUUCACAAUAUUACUGGCACGUGGAUUGAACUGAACAUACGUUCCCAUUCAAACCCUGAUCCAGUAAGAUAUAGAUGUGACUACCAGCCUCCAUUCUCUUCAAAACCAGCCAACUAUGCUGGUUUAGAACAGCUUUGGUUCAGUUUCAUAAGCACUGAUGUCAACAUUGAACCAACUGGCUUUUACAAGGUUGAUGUCUAUAAUCUCCCUUCUCCACCGGCUAACAUGGGAGGAAAACACUCAAAAACCAGAGAGGUUCAGGCACCUGGAUGUGACAAUGCACAGAUGAGGACUCAUUCAACAUGUUCAAUUUUGCAAGAUAUGGACAUUAAUGCUGUACCUGAGGGGGAUGAAAUAGUGGUCUCCUUUGAACCCCGCCCUUAUUAUGAGGAUUAUGAUAUCAUACUGCAAAGAAACGCAGAUAAACUAAACCGCAUCGUGGUGCCAACGGGUGGAAAAAUCUGGAUUAAAGAGAGACUGAAGUAUUCUGGACAAUGUGAAAACCUUAUAAUAUUGAUAAAACCACGUUUUAAAAAUUGUGGAACUCUCUGUAAAUGGAUCAGGCGUGACAUAAACUGCACAAAAAAGGAACAAAAAACAACACAACAACCAGAACCUGAACCUGAACCUGAACCAGAACCUGAACCAGAUCCUGAACCAGAUCCUAGACCAGCAACUAAAUCAUGGACACAAGACAAUACUGCUCUGCUGAUCAGUGUUGGGUGUGCAGUAGCAGGAGCUGUUGUUUUGAUUCUUAUCUGCUGCUGCCAGCUCUGUAGACUGUGGAAAGAGUCCAGAUUUUCUAAGUGUGGGCUAAACUCCGUCUCCACUGGAUCAGUCGGGGUGUUGGUGGUGUACCCGGCAGUGGACAGUGUGUUCCAGCACGCUGUAAUAGCCCUUGCUGACUUCCUGCAGAGCCAUAAAGGUUUGAACGUAGUCAUCGACAUGUGGCAAAGGGGCUGUCUGGCAGAGCAAGGUCCGCUCCGCUGGCUUAACUCACAGGUUGAUCAGGCUGAUAAAGUCCUCAUCAUCCUACCACCUCAACCUACCAACACCGGCAUCAGUGCUAACACAGACUGUCCAAAACGAGUUGUGGUGCCUGGCAUACCUGAUUACACAGUCCCAGCCUCAGCCCAUGAACUUUUCUCCUUGGCCCUGAACCUGGUGGCCAGCAGUGCCCAUGACCCCCGGCACCAUCACAAGUUCUGGGUGGUGCGCCUGGGCCAGGGUGGGGAGCGGAGCACGGUGCCAGUGGAGCUCCGAGGCUGCAAAACCCUCAAUCUGCCCAAAGACCUAGAGAAACUCCCCCAGAAACUGGCUUCCAGACCAGGAGAGAGGUGCUCAAGUCUGAGAUGCAGGAUGUGGUCUUUCCAUUGGAGGGAAACCUCCAGAAAGGUCAGGCAAGCUUUGCUGCAACUGGACAGGAGCCGUCCAAGCUGCUCAAAGGAGGAGAUUGUUCGUCUCACUGAGGUGGAGUGCAAACCUUGAAGUUACUGUCAGCUUUUUUUCAGGUCUAUGUUCACAUAUAUGAUCUCAGACUGUGAUGAUGUAAAGGCCAGUUAUAUUAACAUCUGUUUAAAUUUGUUUACCCACUGCCACUUUUUUCCCUGGCUGGAUAAGCCAACAUAAUUGGUCUGCACAAUAUAUUGUUUAAUUGUCAUUACGUAAGCCAAGGCACAACAGCGUUAGUUUGUCACCAACAUAAGAUUUAAAACAUGUUUAAAGCACUAAUGAAAGUUAAAAAAGGCAAAGGACUAUUUUAUUUGGAUAAAAAGACUUAACACUGCUAUAUAUGCGAAUUUAAGAUUAUAUGACAAAACAUUUCAAAAGCUUUUGAAAUGACUGGAAAAUGUCAUGAUUUACUUUAUGUUUAGACAUCUGUUUUAGUGUUUUAUCUUGCAGUGCUCUUUGGCAGAGUUCUCAACUGAUGAAAUACGCAAUCAGUACCCAACAUUUCCAAUGAAAAAUAUUUACUAUAUACUAUGAGCUAUUUUUUUGUGACACCAAAGGCAUUUUUAUGUUAGUUCAAACAUAUUAGAUGAUGAAACAGGCGUACACACUUCACAAACACACACAGUGUAGGCUACAUUCAAAUUUAACCAUCACCUGUUAAUGACAAAUACAGGAAAAAUUCGUACUGUAGGCUCGAAGGCUAUUUUGACUCACUCGCAAUAUUUAGCACAAAAAAAAGGAGUGGUAAGGACUGGUACAAGGCAUUUUUCAUUUGUUCGCUUUAAUAACGAGAGAUCAUGUUUGAACAUUUUAAAAAGUUUUAAAGUGUGGUAUUUCUCCAGCUAAGUAGCCAACUAAUAACAGCCCAGUGUUCAGAUUCCUUGGUAAUAUCAUGGUCUCUAGGGUAAAAUACGAUAUUCAAGUUUGAAAUUAAGGAUAUUCCCCUAACGACCACUUCCUUCAACACACGAAAACAGGAUACCACAGAGUCGUCUGCCUUUGCAUCCGUGUGCUGAUUUAAAA